UAUUUUCGGGAGAAUCCCAACACACACACACACACACUUACUGCACAUAUAAAGCGCUAGGCAUGGAGCAGAAGUCACUACUUUAUCAGAGGAUCUGAAUAAAACAUCUCUUUGUGAUUCGGUCCUCUAACAGCGCGUACAAUUCGCAUGGGAAAAUAUACUAGAAUUUAAACACGAAAAAUAAUAAUUCCGAUUCAGGGCUAUGUUCUAGCCUUAUCUUGCUCUCCUGUGUUUUUUGAGUGAAGGUCAUCGGAGUGAGUGUGAGCCGGUAAGGAAGAAUGGUGCCACUUCCGGGUGCGGAGCUCGUGCGGACUCCGGUGCAGCUUUACCGCUACCUGCUCCGCUGCUGCAGACUGCUGCCCAGUGCAGCCAUGCAGACACACUACCGACACACUGUCCGGCAGAGUUACAAUAGCCACGCAGAUGAGGACGAUCCCGAACGAAUUCGUAUGAUCAUCCAGCGAGCUAUUACUGAUGCUGACUGGAUUUUAAACAAGUAUAUCAAAAAAUCAGGAUCUCCAAGUCAGGAUAAAACACAACAAAGUAACUCUGAUGGAAGGUGAUGCUACACUGGAUUGCUUGAAGCUCAAAGAAAGUUAAAUCGUGUUUAUUACCUGUUACUGUUGUAGGCCAAGUUUUUCAAGGGAAGAAAUGUACCAAACUGUCCAUAAAAAUAAAUUGGUGCUCACUGACCAACUGUAUAUUUGUGUGAAAAUGUCAAACUAACCACUCAGCUGAACCAUGCCAUUAGCUUAGCUCUCUGGAUGCACCUGUAUUCAUUUCCAUUGGUUACAUUAAAUAUUUAAUAAAUAUAAUGAACUCUGAUUUUGUCAGCACUGAUUACGGUUGAAUGUUUAAUAAUGAAAUAAUAAUUUUAAAAAUAAAAGUAUUCCUCAGCAUUUUGUCCGAUUAUGUAAAUAUUCAUUUUCUUUCAGACUCACAACAAACAUGAUCUAUGUGAUUUAUUAAAUGUUAAAGCCAUGACUCAGAAUUGCCUAGGUCUCCUAUUUUGAAUCUUAAAUAAAUAUUUAUUACCUUUUAAAUAUUACCACUGCUGUGAAUAAUAACUUGAUAACCAUUUACAUCUUAAACCUAAUACAUUUGGGUUAUACAGCAGUUAAAUUUUUUAUCACUGACAUUUAACUUGAUUGUCCAGUGAUUCUUGCUGCAAUUGAAAUAAAUAUUUAUACAUACAUUUAUUUUCUUUGCAUUGUGUAUUUGCAUUGUGUUUGUUUGUUUUGUUUUGUUAAACCCACCUAAAUGAGGCUGAGGUUCCCUUUCGGGUCUGGUUCCUCUCAAGGUUUCUUCUUCUUACCGUCUUGGGGAGUUUUGCCUCGCCACACUCACCUCAGGCUUGCUCACUAGGGAUAAAUACAAGUAAAUUUACAUAUAAUUCCAAUUUUAAUCUUGAACCUUUUGUCUAACAUUAAUCCUGAACGUUUUGUACUAUGUUUCUAAUGUUCUGUGAAGCUGUUUUGAGACAAUGUCCAUUGUUAAAUGCGUUAUACAAAUAAAAUUGAAUUGAAUUAUUU